ACAGCUCCGAUUAUCGCAGCCUUUCAGCGCCAAAAGAUUAUGAAUCCGAGUUUUAGGGCUUUCAUAUUUAAACAUAUUUACAUUAAGUGUUUGGGAGGUUUAGCUUUUGAAAAGCUGUAAAAAUGAAGCUAAGCAGGAGAAAAGUGCCUCUAUAUGGUGAAGCAAAGGUGUUUGCACUGCUGGAGGGCUUGGACUCGGUGCCAGAGGAUGUUGAGGUGUAUAUCGUUUUGGAUGGGUCCACGCUGGUCCAUGUAACCAGGGCUGAGAAUGAUGUCAUGCUCUGCUUCAUUGUGCCUGGACAUAACCUGCCUGAGAUGGUCUCUGUCCAGGCCUACCUGUGCUCUGAUAACAUGCCUCUCACCUGGGCUGGUGAGUCUUCAUUAGAGUAUGUGUCCGACGACGCUCAGGAGAUGGCCGAACACCUUGUUGUUCAUGGACAUUGCUUGAGCUCCACAGACCAUAAGGAGCUGAGCAGCCUCUUUGGCCUGAGUCAGGAGAGCUCUCGCUGGGCGGUGGAUCGUAGAGUCGCUCUGGCAAUGGCCAACCUGGACUUCCCCUCACAGUGGAAUGUACUGGGGACCCACAGUGGAAAUGAUUGCAGUCCCAGAGAAUCCCCCCUCCACCUGGCUGUGCGAUGGGGUCUCUAUCGGCUUGCAGAGCUGCUGCUUUGCCAACCUGGGGGGUUGAUGGCUGUCAAUCUCCCAAAUGAAGAAGGCGUCACCCCCCUGCAGCUGGCCCAGAAAGCAGGCAGCACUCAGCUCCUAAAGCUGCUUUUGGAGCCACCCAACCCUUUAGCCACACCCCCAGCUGGUCUGUCUCAGGUGUGGGUAGACCAGUCUCGCUUGCUAAGGUUUUGUCAUGACACGGGAAACCUGACGCUGACUGCCCGACAAAACCCGAGGUGGAGCGCACCGCAGAGCCGGCGCGCUCACAUCCUAAUUCUGAGACACAGACUCAGAGACAUGGACUUCCUCAAAGAGAUCAAAGCACUUAGACGGGAAAGUCCAAAGACCAUCUAUGGGAAGGAAGAACUGGUGGAUGAUCCUGAAGACAGUGAGCUGUUCUCUGGCAUUAAUGGGGAAAAAGCUGCUGAGGACAAUCUUCCUAGUUUCUAUUCUGAGGACAUCGAUGAGCCGCUGAUGUUUUGCCUGAAUGAGGAGGAUGAAGAAGACGACCCGUCACAGUCUGACUCAGAGAAAAGUCCGUCCAUAAGGGAGAGCCAAGCCUCAUCCCCAACGCUGGCUGCAGUGGCCAGACUGUCAGCAAUGAUGCACGGCCAAGACCGAGUUUACGCCAACGCCAUGCUGGUGGACCAGGUAGAUGACGCUGACAUAAGAUAUCGCCCCCCAGGGAAGGAAAAAGUUUCUCUUCCAUCCCACGCUGGCAUCUCCUGUUGGAAUUCCUUCUCUACAAGCGCUUUUGAUACAGGGAAUUGCUCUCAGAACCCUUACCCCCCAUCACCCGACGAUCAAGAGCCAAGGGACAGCCAAGCUCCUGGCCUGGACAAUCACAGGGAGCAGUCCCCUCGCAUGUCUUCCCCCUCUCCCUUUGCUUCCUCCCCGUCUUUUCCUUCCUCCCCCCUGACUUCCCUUUGUUUGUCUGAGGAAGCGCAGAGACGUCAGCUGCAGACCUACACCUCCCUCUCUCCUGGUUUGAACUGCACAGAUUGCAGUCUGUCAGAUGCAAACGUGGGCCUGAGCCCCAGUUUAGAGUGUGACAGUGGGGAUGAAGACAUACUGGGACACUCCUACCCCUGCUCAUCCAUAAAGCACAGGUCCAUCCUGCACUCCAUCUCAGGAGAGGAGAGAGGCUCCUUUGACGCCUCACCUGACUUUAACCGCUCACACUCUGACAUCACGCCCAAAACUAUCAAGAAUUCUGAGGACCCUGAAGUUCGCCUGCGCUCGUACUCCUACUCCUCCCCGAAGGCGAAGCCCUCACGACCCCUGCUCAACCGAGACAUGGCCAUCACCGACCUAGAAGAAGGUGGCACGAUCAGCAGCAGCGGCCGUUCUCUGCUUCAGGCUUUAUCACUUUCUAAAUCGCUUUCUCGUCUCAACCAAGUUAAGCAGAGAGCGUUCAGCCUGACUGAGACGCCCAGGGAAAAGAGGAUUUUGGGUUUCCGUAAGCGGGCCCAGUCAGCAGAAGAGGAGAGCAGCGCGUCGCUCCAACAUCUCACGCUCACAGAGUUCCUCAAAGAGAUCGAGGACGAGGAGUGGGACAAAUACAUAAUUCCUUCAAAAGUUGAGACGGAGAAGUAUAAAGUGAGCCGGACGUUCAGCUUUCUGAAGAAUAGGAUGUCCAGCACGCGGAACAAGACCAAGGUGAAGGGAAAAGACAUGAAGGAAGGGAAGGACAGGACGGGAGCCAUGAAUGGACACCAGUUUGUCCCUGUGUCCCAGUCGACUCCGGCGCUCUGUGCGGCCUGUGACAAGCCUGUUUCUGGGAAGGAGCUGCUUCAGUGCUCCAGCUGCUUCGUGAACGUCCAUAAAAACUGCAGGGAGUCUGUUGCGGCUUGUGGAAAGAAGCUGCAGCAGGAGAGGAAUGCAGCUUUGGUGAAGAGCAAGACUACGUCUCUCCCACACAACUCAGUCAAGGAGAACUGUCAAGCAUCCGUUUUCUCCUCGUCUUCCUCUUCCCCUUCUUCAACGUCAUCCAGAGAAAAAAGAGAAACAAUCACCCAUUUUUCCAAAAGCCUGUCCAUGUCUUUAGAUAGCAGCAGAGGACUGAGUGACGUAGCAGAGGCGGACAGUGAGUGCAGCAUGGCAGCCUUCCUGAGCAGCUCGCUGUCGGAAGAGGGGACACCCGUCACAACAACCUCCCCCUCCACUGACCUGCCAAUCAGCACCCAGGAUACAGUUGACGCUUCUGUACUGACUGAGCUGUCAGCUGAUCAGCUGGGACUUGAUGCAGAGUCGUGGAGUCUUGCUGUCAGUCCAGACUUUUGCAGGAAACUUGACAGAUUCACCAUCAAGAGACAGGAUGUUAUUUAUGAGCUCAUGCAGACAGAGCUUCACCAUAUCCAGACUCUGACGGUCAUGUCGGAGGUCUUCAGGAGGGGCAUGCUGGAGGAGCUGCAGCUGGACUUGGACUGCGUGGCGCGGAUCUUCCCGUGCUUGGACCCCCUGCUGCUGUUCCACAGAAACCUCUUUAGAACCCUGCAGGAACGUCGUCAGGUGUCAUCCCAUCAGGAGAACUCGCAGAAUUACCUCAUCCAUCAGAUUGGAGAUAUACUUCUUCAGCAGUUUUCGGAUGAGAACGCGGAGAGGAUGAAGCAGCUGUAUGGAGAGUUCUGCAGUCACCACAUGGAGGCUGUACAUGUUUUCAAAGAGCUCCAGCAGCAAAACAAAAAACUUCAAAACUUUGUCCGACAACAAAGCAAUAACUCUCUUGUCAGACGAAGAGAAGUGCCAGAAUUCAUCCUACUGGUCACACAGCGCAUCACCAAGUAUCCUGUGCUGCUGGAGAGGAUUUUACAGCACACCCAGGAGGGAAGUCAAGAACACUUGGACUUAUCAAAUGCUUUGGCCCAGAUCCGAGACAUCAUAGCUGCAGUGGACCUGACUGUCAAUAAUUAUGAGAAAUGUCAGGAACUGCAAGAAGUUCUUGCCAGGCUUGACAUCAAGAGUUUUGCCAAGCUCAAAAACGGCAAAGUUUUUCGCAAACAGGAUCUGCACAGUAAACACAGGAACCUUCAGCACAAAGGGCUGGUCUUCUGGAAAACUGCCACAGGGCGUCUAAAAGACACUUUGGCUCUCUUACUCACGGAUGUUCUGGUUUUCCUACAAGAGAAAGACCAGCGCUUUAUAUUUGCUUCUGUGGACCAAAAACCCCCUGUGAUCCCACUGCAGAAGCUCAUCGUUAGAGAGGUGGCCAAUGAGGAAAGAGGAAUGUUCCUUAUCUCUGCCUCCUCAGCGGGGCCAGAGAUGUAUGAAGUUCACACCACCACCAGAGAGGAGAGGAAUGCAUGGAUGAAGCACAUCCGGCAGGCUGUGGAGAGUUGUCCUGAGGAAGAAGAGGAGGAGGAGCGAAACACUGAGACAGAGGAAGCCAGACAUGCUGCAGAAGUGAGAAUUCAGAAAAUAAACAAGUUCCAGGAUGCCCUGUUUAGACAGGACCAGCGGAUCUGCCACAGCUUGGAGGAGAAGCUGCAGCUUUAUGCUGAGUUCGCUGAACUGACUCUUCCUUCUCCAGAGCCUUCACCACAUCGCCACCUACUGGUGCAGCCAGCACAGCUCAGCGACUGCGAGACGCCACGUCAGGCCUUGAAUCUGGUCACAGCAGCACUCAGAGAAGCGGAGAACCUUAUCAGCGUCCUUCAGACUCAAAAUGGUUUUUCAACUCAAAGUCAAAGCCCUCCUGCUGGCGGACCCGACUGCUGCAGCUACAGCAGCCAUGGCGGCAGCGUUCAGGAGUCUCCCUCUGAGCCAGAUUAUCUGAACACGCUCAGUAUGAGCUCCACCUCUCUUGGAUCCGACAGUGAGUCAGCAGGGCUGGAUAACGUGUCCUGGAGUCCAGCAUCCGAGUUCAGAAAAGGAGACAAAGGGACACUGUUAAAGGUGGCAGAGAGCGUCCAGAACAUGACUCAGCUUCUCUACAGCCUGCAGGCAGCUGUGACUUUCCAGGACAGCUGUUAUGAAGUUUAUAAGCUUCUUUUGCUGAAGGGAGAAAAAUAUCAACUUCGGAACUUCGCCUCUCUUCAAAACAACCUGGAACAGGAGAAGCAGAGGAACAUUGAUAAGAUAAAAGAAGAUAAGAAAAGUGUAGAGAGGAAGAAAGAAGAGGUGCAUGAGGUGCAGAAGCUUCACGCCAAACUGAAGCAGGAGCAGCUGCGCUGGGACAAAGAGUGUUUGGCCAGAGAGAAGCAACAGACCGAGCAGGAGAGCGUGCUGGAGCAGCGAGAGCAGCAGUGUUUCCUGGAGAUGGAGCGUCUGCGCUGCGAGCGUGAGCAGCUGGAGGCGCAGCUGCUGGAGUAUCAGCAAAACCUGGACAGACUCAAAGAGGGCCAGAGGACUGUGGAACUGGAGAGGAAGAAGAUUGAAACCCAGCAGAGGCUGCUUCAGAGCUGGAGACACAGCCGCCAAAGCAGCCUGCCAGUUACAAUACCACUGGAUGGGUACAAGAUGUGCACUCACAGCCGCACCGGUAGCCUGGAUGGUAGCUGCUCUGUGUACAAAAACGAGGUCGUCUUGCUCGCUUCUUUACAACAGAACCACCAGCCAACCAACAACAACCAGCAACAGCAUGCACUCCUGAUGCAGAAGAGGAACCAGGACGGGCCCCUGCACAGCUCCAGCUACCCCGCCAGCCUCUACAACAGCCUCAACACCCUCCUCAGCCAGGCGCACGGCAAAUCACCUCCGGAUGGCCUGACGCACAGGCCCCCCCCCGACCCCCUCCACCCGUUGAGCAGCAGGGUGUCCACGCAGACCAACAACACAGAUCUUCACCUGCAGCACGACACACAUCCUCCCAGCUCCUGGAGGUCAGAGGUCACGGGACUUUUCAAGGACGACUUCUUUUCCUCCGCAUCGCUCUCCCCCCAUCUCCAACCGCCAGCUUACCUCUCUCUUGAAGGACAAAUUGAAGAUGAAGUUGAAGAGGAGAAUGUUGUUUACCUCUGAGAUUCCUUAAGGUUUUAAAGAAAAUAUUCGUCUGUGUGCUUUUCUAUCUGCUGGAUUUGACCAUUUCAAUCCAUAAACCCUCCAGCGGGAUCAUACUAUUGUGCCUUUUUCAUUUCUUUUUUCAAAGCCAGCUCUUCUUGUGUUCUUUAACACUACUAUGGCAUCUCUCAUCGUUGUUGCACUUGUGUUAAGACAGUGGUACUCUUGUGUUUUAAACACUUAAAUUGAAAGCAUUAAUAACUAGUCAGACCAGAAGUAUUGAUGCCAAUGCUCCUUGAGCACUUAAAAAUAUAUAUUUAAAUAUAUCCGUGGCCAAAUAAGGUUUACCCAGCGGUGUAAAGAGAGUAAUUGUCCCCUUUCAUGCUUUUUAUAAAUAAUUCAAUCAGCAAAAAUAGACUUUUCCUGCCAUAGUUUUAUAAUUUUGAUAGAAAUGUUUAAUGACAGGCUACCUAUGCACACUUUACUGGAAGAGGGUCUUCUAUAUAUUCCUGUCUUUAUUUUAUCACCAAAGUGCCAAAGAUCUCGCUGUCCGAUAAUGAUUUUCUGUAAAAAUGGCUUUUCCUGAUAAGUUAUUACAUAAUGAUUGCUUCAUGCACUGCAGCUAUUAAUAAUAUUUGAACUGAUGUUAUAAUCCUGUUAUUCCUGUAAUUCUGAUAUUUUGUACAUAAAAGUGUUGUGGCUAACGUCA